AUGUCCCUCCGCUCAUUGCUCGGCCGCCUCUUCGCGCUUCUUCUCCCCCUCAGCGCCGCAGCCACCAUUUACUUAUAUCUAUACCCAGUCUUUAAAGGUUGCGCGUUCCCUCUCCCCAGCCCCGAAACAAGCAACACAGAGUCUGCUUCGGUCCUGAGAAAGCUCCAGCAGCAUCCCCUAGCCAAUACCCUGCUUCAACACCUCCGCACACCCGACUCCGCAACAGAUGCCCAACCCGCCAUCUUCAGACUUCUCGUCCUCGCCGACCCCCAAUUAGAAGGCGAUACCUCCCUUCCACUUCCAGAAUGGGAGCUUAUCCCACGAAUGCGCUUGCACUGGCGCGCAGUUCAAGACUCGAUCAAUAAUGCUUCAACAGCGCCAACCCCACUCACCCUCCUUGACACCCACGUCCUCUCAAACAUCACAACCGGUCUCCGAACACUAGCAAGUGAAGACAUCACCCGCUCCAUAGGCGCUUUCCUGAAACGUAUCGAUCUCCUCGGAAAUGACUUCUACCUCGCCCAUAUCUACCGCACGCUCUUCUGGUGGACGAAACCAACCCAUACAACUGUCCUGGGCGACCUCCUAGGAAGCCAGUGGAUUCCGGACGACGAAUUUUCCGAAAGAAGCAACCGAUACUGGGACCGAGUAUUUCGCAGCGGAGUCCGCGUCGACGACAACAUCACUUGGACAGGUGCUGUAGCUCCCGAUCAAGACACAGCAGACCCGCACCUGGAGCCUCUGGGCCCCGACUCAGAUCCAGCAUGGGCACGACGAAUCAUACAUAUUGCCGGAAAUCAUGAUAUUGGGUACGCGGGCGAUGUGAGCGAGGCGCGAAUGGAGCGUUUUGAGCGGGAAUUCGGGCGCGCAAACUGGGAUAUCAGAUUUAAACACCCUCCUGUUCAGCGUCGGGGGAGUAGCAGCGAUGCUGGCGAGGAAUCAUCGAUCGUGCCAACAUUACAUGUGGUCAAUCUCAACACUCUCAUUCUUGAUACGCCGGCUCUUUCGUCGGAACUACAGUCGCGAAGCUAUGGAUACCUUAAUGAUCUGAUUAGUCGGCGGCUUUAUCCCGUUGAGGAUCGAUCAACCUUUACAUUGCUUCUUACACAUUUACCACUUCAUAAAGAAGAUGGUGUGUGUACCGAUGGUCCAUAUUUUACGUUUCAUGAGGAGGACGAUAACGAGGGCCCUGAUGGUGUUCCGCGUUUUAUGGCCGAGGGGUUGCGGGAGCAGAAUCACCUUAGUGACUUCGUUAGUGAUACGGGGAUUUUGCAAGGACUUUUCGGUAUGAGUGGGAAUGAAAAUGCGCCUGCUGGUGGAUAUGGACGGAAGGGACUGGUUCUCACGGGACAUGACCAUACAGGCUGUGACACUGUUCACUAUGUGGAGAAAGUCGACGUCAGCGCAGAAGAUGAAAAGAAUGAAGAUAGUAACGCAGAACCCGCUAAGAAUUGGAAGUGGGCUGCGAAGCGGUAUGACGUUGAGUAUGAGGCUUCAAUUGCGCAGCAAACUCCGUCUAUUCGCGAAGUCACACUUCGUUCUAUGAUGGGAGAGUUUGGAGGAAAUGCCGGUUUGCUCUCUGUGUGGUUUGAUGCUGAUUUGGGCGAAUGGGAUUAUAAAAUGACUCUCUGCCCUGCUGGCGUGCAGCAUAUUUGGUGGGCGGUGCAUAUUGUUCUUUUGGUGACUUUUAUCGUUGGAUCGCUUUGGUUAUUGACCGGUCUGUUUGGAACCGAAGAGUCCAGGAGAGAGGAGGUUGUGUCUAAAGGUACGAAUACAGUUGGAGAGAAGCUGGGCCAAAAGGAUCGAGUUGAUGGCAAGAAGAGUGACUCCAAGAAGCGAGCGCAAGAGCCUCAGAAGAAAUGA